AUGAAACAGCUGUUCUAUGACUGGAACUGCUGGCUGUCAGUGUCACUGUGGUGUUUGGUUGGGGGCCUUAACGGGAGGUUCGGGACGAGGAACUCCAGGCCCAACAUUGUCCUGUUGAUGGCGGACGGCCUUGGGGUGGGAGACUUAUGCUGCUAUGGUAAUGACACCGUAAGCACCCCCAAUAUCGACCACCUGGCAAGUGAGGGAGUGAGGCUUACCCAGCACCUGGCGGCUGCCUCUGUCUGCACCCUGAGUCGGGCUGCCUUCCUGACUGGCCGGUACCCCAUCAGAUCAGGAAUGGCGUCUUCCUUCAACCCGAACCGCGCCCUUGUCUGGCUCGGAGGGUCAGGCGGUCUGCCCACCAACGAGACCACUUUUGCCAAGCUCCUCCAGCAUCGUGGCUACCGCACGGGACUCAUAGGAAAAUGGCACCAAGGAUUGAGCUGUGCAUCUCGGAACGAUCAUUGCUUCCACCCCCUCAACCAUGGGUUUGACUACUUCUAUGGGCUGCCCUUUGGCCUCUUCAGUGACUGCCAGCCGUCCAAGACACCAGAACUGCACCGCUGGCUCAGGAUCAAGCUCUGGAUCUCCACGGCGGUCUUGGGUCUCGUCCCUGUCCUGCUUCUCAUUCCCAAGUGCGCCCGCUGGUUCUCGGUUCCGUGGAAGGUGAUCCUUGUCUUCGCCCUUCUGGCCUUAUUUUUUGUGUCCUGGUACUCCAGUUAUGGGUUCACGCGGCACUGGAAUUGUAUCCUGAUGAGAAAUCACGAAAUCGUCCAGCAGCCUAUGAGAGGGGAAAGAGUCGCUUCGCUCAUGCUGAAGGAGGUCCUGGCCUUCAUUGACAGGUAUAAACGCGAGCCCUUUCUUCUGUUUGUUUCAUUUCUGCAUGUCCACACUCCACUGAUCACCAAAAAGAAGUUUAUUGGACAUAGUAAAUAUGGAUUAUACAGGGAUAACGUAGAAGAAAUGGACUGGAUGGUGGGUAAGAUCCUGGAGGCUCUGGACCGGGAACUCCUAGCCAAUCGCACGCUGGUGUACUUCACCUCAGACCACGGGGGCUGCCUGGAGGCACAGGACGGCGGGGCCCAGCUGGGCGGCUGGAACGGCAUCUACAAAGGUGGCAGAGGGAUGGGCGGAUGGGAAGGCGGGAUCCGAGUCCUGGGGAUAUUCCGGUGGCCGACAGUCCUGGAGGCUGGGAAAGUGAUCGAUGAGCCCACGAGUCUGAUGGACAUUUACCCAACGCUGUCUUAUGUGGGUGGAGGGAUCCUGCCCCAGGACAGAGUGAUUGACAGCCGGAACCUGAUGCCCCUGCUGGAAGGCAAAGUCUCCCAUUCAGACCAUGAAUUCCUCUUCCAUUACUGUGGAGUCUACCUGCACGCAGCCAGGUGGCAUCAGAAGGACUGUGCAACUGUGUGGAAGGUUCAUUAUGUGACUCCAAAAUUCUCCCCCGAGGGAGCUGGCGCCUGCUACGGAAGUGGGAUAUGUUCAUGUACUGGGGAUGUCACCUACCACGACCCUCCAUUGCUCUUCGACAUCUCAAGAGACCCUUCUGAAUCCCAACCUCUUAACCCUGACAACGAAGCAUUGUUUGGCUCAGUGGUCCAGAAAAUUGAGGCGGCCAUAAAAGAUCAUCGUAGAACUCUCACGCCUGUCCCAGAGCAGUUGUCUGUGUUCAACACCAUUUGGAAACCAUGGCUGCAGCCCUGCUGUGAGACUUUCCCCUUUUGUGGGUGUGACAAGGAAGAUGACAUCCUAUCCACUGCUUGGUGA